GUUAAUUGUUGUUUAUUAUUUAUCUAUUUGAAAUAACGUGUCCAGAUAUAAUUUUACGCACAAAUGCCACAUAGUUUAACACUGAACAUUGUUUUUUAAAUAGUAAAGGAAAGGAUUGUUUAUCACAAAACCAAUAAUCAACUUUGUACAAAAGUGAUUAAACAUCAGGUUGCAAUAAAUAUCCUAUCAGAAGAUUGAUUACAUCAUAAUUAUAUAUUUUACCAUUCGAUUCUGUCAAUCAACUACAAUAAUAUAUUCAAAUCUACAGUAUUCCAUUAAUAUUUUCGUAUCUGUAAACGAUAGGGCAACAAAUGACCAAUUUUAAUUUGAAAAGUGUUCUCAACAUGAAAUAUAACUCUGUUCACGAUAUAUUAAAUACAUCCAAAUCACAUUGAUUGACCCAUGAACGAAAAAAAAAAAAAACAAUUUCCUUCUUUUUAUUCCAAAAAAAUAAAUGAAAAAAUGUCUGCGAUAUUUCGGAAAAGUCCUAAACAUCAAGAAUGCCUUGUUGACAGUCGCUUUUAUGGUGAAUGGCUACGUGUAGCUCAACUCAUGUUGUGUAUGUCUGUGUCUUUGUCAUAAUCGAUAAUAAUCCCUUCUAGGCUAACCGCGACCGCCAGUUUCUACGGCGAAGGGGCCUGACGAUCCUGGCAAAGCUCUACUGACUCUCUUAUGUGUUUUCUAGAACGGAAGUACUCGCCAGGUGCCGCGAUCGAAUGGUAUUACCAAUAUCAGACGAUGUUUCUCCGGCUGAUGGCGGAGAAUCAACUGGCAAAAGGACCGACGACAGAGGCAGUCGAGGAACCCGCGAACGCUUGUCCCGACAAUCAUGUCGCGACGGAAAAGAUCCAAAACAGUCAACCGUUAACGGAAGUCAACAGUAAUCAGGUAACCGCGGGCAGCCGCGAAUAUUCUUGUCCGCGUUGCGGCAACGCCUACACCAGACCGCACUCGCUCAACAGGCAUAUGAAAUUCGAAUGCGGCGUGGAGCCGCAGUUCGAGUGCCCGAUCUGCCACAAGAAGUCGAAGCACAAGCAUAAUCUAGUGCUGCACAUGAGAACUCAUCAGAAAUCUUGAGAUUAUUCAGUGCCAUUGAAUGUCGCGCGUGGAGAACGUAUUCCAAAAAUUUUCGUGAACUUCCGAAAGCGAAACAGCCGAAGAUUACGCGUAUUUUACCAUUUAAAAUUGUAAUGCGAUUAGAAAGAUUCGGUUCAUUUGUGAUUUGUGAAGAAAGAUGCAAAAAUAUUAAGAAAUCUUAUAGGUCUAAAUUAUAGGUCCUAUAGAUCGAGUUUUUUUUUUUUUAAUUUCUAGACUAAUUUAUUUCUUAUUAUAAUAUGAUAUAUUGUAGUUUAUAUCGAUAAUUUUUUUUCUUUAUCUAUGUAUUCUUGUUGAUUAUAUCUUAGAUGGAAAAUUUAGAUAAAUUUUCUGAACUUAACGCUAUUUUUAAUUUUGCUAUUUUCUUCGAGUUUUUCGGAGAAAGAUGCUACAACACUUUGUUUUCUUUUUGCGAAGCAAUCAUCUUAAAGCGCCUAGUUAAACAAUUCUAACAUAUAGUUACGAAGUCUUCCAAAGAAUAACGUAAUUAUCAUAGGAAUCAAGAUAAGCCGCAUGAAAUAUUAAUAUCACUAUUUCUACUGUCAAGUGUAAGAAAUAACUACAAAGAAAUUUUAUUAAGAUGAUAUCUGAAUUUGAUUUGCUAUUUUUUUAUACAGUGAUA